CUUCCUUCGGCGAUUGCAAAGUUUAUUUUGUCAGAACUGAUAAAUAGGAAACCUUCUAUUGGUCCCGGCCUCGCCACUUCGACGACGACGAUAGCUACUACCACCACCACCACCGCCACCAUAUAGACAGACGAGAGCCCGCAAUGCCGCGCGACGUCUACGGCCGGCUGCUCGAGACGAUGCUCUACUUCCACGGCAACUUCCGCCGCACGCACGCGCUCCUCGCUGCCACGAUCCCGCGCUCCCAGACGCUGCCGCGGCGCGAGCUUGAGGCGCUGCUUCAGCGCGGCCUCGGCCUCGCCCACCACCUCGAGAUGCACCACAGCAUCGAGGAGGCCCACAUCUUCCCGCGCCUCGCCGUGCGCAUGCCGGCGUUUGCCCAGGGCGACGCACACAUCAAGGAGCACGCCGCCAUGCAUGCCCGCCUCGAGGUGUUUGAGGCCUACUGCUCCGAGGUGCUCAACCGGCUAAAGACGGCGCGCGCACGCAAGGCAGAGCAGGACGGCGCGGGCCAGCCCAUCAAGACAAAGGCAGGGCAAGAGGAGGAAGAUGAAGAAGAAGACGAAGACGAUCAAGUAAAGAGGGGCCCAUGGCCGACAGACAUCUACGACAAGGACCGCAUGGAGCAGCUCACAAAGGACCUCGCCUCCACCCUCUUCCCGCACCUCGACGCAGAGGAACGCUCCCUGAGAGCAGAUAACUUGCGCAAGGCGGGCUUCACAGAGCGCGAGAUGAUGAUGAUACCACUGUAAAAUUAACUUGCAGCAACAUUACAUGCUCUUGUCUUUCCACGCAGUUACCGGUGAGCAUGAUGGCGGGCGCGAUCAAAGGUCCUGGCGGGCAAGCCAGCGCUUGAGCAGCUCAUAAGCCACUUUGGGCUGGUCGUAUGGUCUGUAGAAUGACAGUCAGCAUGUU